UAUGGGGUCAUCAUGCCCAUUACCCCUUUUAUCCUCGAGGAUCUGGGGUACAAUUCCACAGCGAAUGGCGGGCUUGUUGCGUGUUAUGGUUUUGGUCACUUUAUUGCUUCGCCCAUCGCGGGCAUCAUCUCUGAUAGGUUAAACAAUCGCCGGAAACUGAUGAUUGCCGGACUAAUAUCCUUAUUGAUGUCCACCUUCCUGUUUAUGGAAUCCACAGAGAGCUUUUCGCUUCUUUUGCUUUCUCGCUUCUGCGCUGGUCUCGCAGGAGGCUCGACUGUCACUCUAGGCUUCGCUUUGCUCUCUGAUACCUAUCCUUCAAACCAGUUGGGAGUCGAGAUGGGCAAGGCCUUGGUUGGUCAGGCCGUUGGGUUGAUGGCUGGCCCUCCCCUAGGAGGUGCUCUCCUUGAACAUGUUGGUCCAAGAGCUCCUUACAUCUUUUGUUUGGUCCUCAUCGGGCUUGAUCUUUGUGUUCGCCUGUCAUUUAUCGAGGCACAGAGGGAGAAAGUGAAGGCUAUAAAGGACUUUUUGAGAAAUAAUUACAAUCAACCCCUUGAUAGGAUCACAGUCCAGAGUCCAAGUGAUGAUACAUUGGACUACAACUCUACUUUGCCAUCAAUGACCACAACAACAUGCACAUCCAGAUUUGAGACGAUUAAAGGCCUUCUCUCGAGUAAACGUUUGAUCACUGCGCUGUCGAUCAGUUUCUUGGAUGGCUUUCUCUUUGCAGUGUUCGAGCCAGUGUUACCUCUUUACCUAAGUCGUCAAUUCAAUCUUUCAGAGACCCUGAUCGGUCUCUCCUUUCUUGCUUUAAACCUUCCUACGUUCAUAUCUCCCAUUGCCGGCUGGUUCUCGGAUAAACAUGGAGCAAAGAUCAUGUCUGCUGUUGCGAUUGGAUUCUGUACUAUCUUUGUGGUCCUCCUCGGUCUACCUGGAAACCCUCUUUGGGCUAUUGUCCUCCUGUUGACUGCGAUUGGAUCCAUGUUCUCAAUCUACUUGACCCCAGUCCUGGGUGAAAUUUCGGCCGUAGUUCGGACCACGGGUGCAGGCGAUGGAUUUGCUAGGGCACUCGCGUGUUCCAACAUGUGUUUUUCACUGGGGACAGCUCUGGGAUCUUUAUUAGGGACAGUUGUUUAUGAGGGAGCAAGUAUGAUCUGGACCUGUGUCUUGAUCGCCAUUGCGAAUAUGUGUGUGUUGCCAUUGGUGUUGUUGUUC